GAAAACCGAAAUAUCCGAGGAGCCGCGAAGGCAGCAAUCUGAGCCGUGACGUCAGGUUUCGGCGUACACAGACAAGAUGGCAGCGUCACUGGAAGACGAGUUUGAAGAUGCGCCUGAUGUGGAGCCGCUGGAACCGACACUAAAGAACAUUAUCGAGCAGAAAUCUUUAAAAUGGAUAUUUGUAGGUGGAAAGGGAGGUGUUGGUAAAACGACAUGUAGCUGUAGUUUGGCUGUCCAGCUGGCUGCAGUGAGAGAGAGCGUCCUCAUCAUCUCCACUGAUCCUGCUCAUAACAUCUCUGAUGCUUUCGACCAGAAGUUCUCAAAGGUGCCUACCAAGGUCAAAGGAUAUGACAACCUCUUUGCCAUGGAGAUUGACCCGAGCCUGGGUGUGGCAGAGCUGCCUGAUGAGUUCUUUGAGGAGGACAACAUGCUCAGCAUGGGCAAGAAGAUGAUGCAGGAGGCCAUGAGCGCCUUCCCUGGCAUCGACGAGGCCAUGAGCUAUGCAGAGGUCAUGAGGUUAGUGAAAGGAAUGAACUUCUCUGUGGUAGUCUUCGACACUGCUCCUACUGGCCACACUCUGCGGCUGCUCAACUUUCCCACCAUUGUGGAACGCGGUCUGGGCCGCCUCAUGCAGAUCAAGAACCAGAUCAGCCCUUUCAUCUCCCAGAUGUGUAACAUGCUCGGUUUGGGCGACAUGAACGCGGACCAGCUGGCCUCUAAGCUGGAGGAGACCCUGCCGGUCAUCCGCUCAGUCAGUGAGCAGUUCAAAGACCCCGAACAGACCACCUUCAUCUGCGUGUGUAUCGCCGAGUUCCUCUCGCUGUACGAGACGGAGCGGCUGAUCCAGGAGCUGGCCAAGUGCCGCAUCGACACGCACAACAUCAUUGUCAACCAACUCGUUUUCCCCGACUCAGAGAGGCCAUGUAAAAUGUGUGAAGCCCGUCAUAAAAUUCAAUCCAAGUAUUUGGACCAGAUGGAGGACCUUUAUGAAGAUUUCCAUAUAGUCAAAUUGCCGCUGCUGCCCCACGAAGUUCGAGGUGCCGAGAAGGUCAACACAUUCUCCAAGCAACUACUGGAACCAUACAAACCCCCAAACAAGUGAUCUCCCCCCCUUCCCCCCUUACAUGACCACACCUCUGCAGUCUGAACUCACAUCCUCUGAGCCCCCCACCCUCCCCUCCCCCCUUUCCCCCAACCAGCCUCAAACCCCGCAGUAACAGCCUCAAGAUGAUCCACUCAGUCCUCAGCCCACCACCCACAGCAGAGCGUGGCCCACUGCUACUGCGAGACAACGCUUUUAAUGAAGGGGAGCUGAUGAAAUCACAAACGCACACACACACACAUACAGUCCAUAACACACUAUGUUGUUAGAGAGGUAGGACAGUGCAGAUCAGCGCUGCCUUACACUCACUUCACCUUCUCUUUCCUUCAUAUUGUCUGUGUGGCAGGUGUGCUAUUCCCACUUUAAAGCAUUAAACGUUCUCUCAAGAAAAAAACAAAACAAACCCUUCCCCUCGUCCAUCCCGCGCAGUGUCCAGCCUCGAAGUGUACCCUGUGUGUGACGGUGCUGGUGUGUAUUCCAGGAUAUAAAAAAAACGGCUAUCAGACGGUCUAUGUCUCUGCCUCGUUUAAAUCUGUGUGGUUUUUGUGGCUGUUUCUGUUUUCCACUGACUUUUCAGUUUCACACAUUCAUCUCUCGCACAUCUGGAAUUUACAUCCAAAUUUCUACAGAUUAAGGGUGUGACUGCAGGGCAAUGGAAAAAAAAAACAACAAAACACCUGUGGUCUUAAGUAAUUUUUGUCCUUGACCAAGACUAUCCAUGUUAUUGCAAUAAAGAAAACCAGAGCAGUCUCGAGUGUCUUUUCCCAUUUGUCACAGUGAUCAUGGUGUAAAUGCAGUUACCUAAUGCCCAUCAAGAUUUUGAAUUAAGCCCUGUAGGUGGUAGCUAUGUAAUUGUUUCAACUUGACAGUCUUAAUGGCCUCUGAUCAUUAUUUUAGGGCCGCUGCGGUUGAUCCCGGCGGUAUGUUGUCGAACACAACACCGGUUUUAUGAGACUGAAAAGCAAAUGUGUGGUGAGACUCUUGAUGUUUGAGCAGCUGGAAGCUAAAUGUGAGUGAACCCCCAACACGGCUAAGCUCCCAAUACAAAGUUUACCCAUACAGAGCUCCAAAAAAACUCACUGGAUGCUCCUCUCUGCUAAACAUUUUGUGUCCACCCUGCUGUUUGCUGAUAAUUGAAUGGGAACACUAUUGAAAGAAAUUAUUAGCCUUAUUUAGCGCAUUGUUAACUACAAGUAUAUUGAAUGUUGCUUGAUCAAAUGUUGAAGAAUGAAGAAAUGAAUGGUGAGCCCCAGUCAUUGAUUACUGGACUCAGCUAAUGUUACAUUGUUUCCCUACAUGUCCCAACAGAAAGAUAUAGAAGACAGGUGAAUUGAUCCUCGAAUUAAAGCAUCGUGUCCCCCUCUGCUCCUGAAUGCUUUUGAGUAAAAAAUAAUGUUUUCUAUAGAUUUUCUUUAAAUUAUGUUGCGAGUGAUAAUUAAACAAACUUGCCUCAGCUGAGAGCCUUUUGUCUUUUUUUUUUUAUCUGUGAAACUUUUAAUUGG